GAUCUGUGUGAACAGAGCAUUGCAUAGAAAAAAGGGAAAGAGAACGUUGAGCCGGAGCAUCCAGUGUGCUAGUGAGCCGGAGGGCGAUUCGGAUUGCACGUGAGGGGAUCAGUUGCUUAGCUGUAUCGAGUACGACCAACAGACCUGUAGCCUUCGUUGCUUGUCGCAGUCAUUGAUCACUUCAACGUAUUGUGUCCACCAUGGAUCCACAACUGCAGAAGGAGCUGGCUGAAUUUGCCAAGUUCGGAGACAAAGUUCGCAAAGUAAAUUCUCCUGAAAGUCGCGAAGUAGGUGCGAAAUUUAUGAGCAAAGGAGCAGCGGAGCCGAGCGAUAUCUUCAUAUCCACAGCCCCCAAGGCAGGCACCACAUGGAUGCAGCAGAUUUGCCAUCAGCUCCGGAGCGGUGGUGGUGACAUGGACUUCGAGGACAUCAGCAUGGUGAUUCCGUUCGUGGAGAUGGCGCACGAUUUGGGAAUCAACCUGGACGACGAGCAGCGCUUCAAGCCAAGCGUGUUCAAAACACAUGUUUGGGAACCACUCGUGGCGAAGGGUGGUCGCUACAUCAUUGUGGUUCGACACCCUUAUGAUCUUGCGGUAUCAUUCUUCAAGUUCAUGGAAGGUUGGACGUUCAAAGUAGGCGACAUUUCCCCGGAUACAAUGACAAACUUCUUCUUCCUGAAGCUGGGAGAGCCAGAUCAGCAAAAAGGAGGUAUCUGUAGUGCAUUCCACCACAUGGCAUCCUGGUGGCCACGCCAUGCUGAUCCCGAUGUCCUGUGGGUGUUCUUUGAGGACAUGAAAGAAGACUUGCAGGCGCAAGUGGAGCGCGUGGCUGCCUUCAUGGACAUCACCGACCCGGCCGUCAUUGCGCAGGCCGUUCACAAGUCAACGUUUGCGUUCAUGAAGGAACACCAGGUGCACUUCAACGAAAGGCCAACGAAGCGAAUGCGGAAUGAAGUGAUGGGACUGGAGCCUGAAGCCGGUGCUGGUCAGGGCAAAGUGCGGGUUGGUGGGGGGCAACAACAUUUGCUGAGCGACAUGACUAAAGCCGCCAUUGACCAGAGGUGGCGAGAUGUCUGCCAGCCAGUCAUGGGAGCUGCUAGCUAUGCGGAGUGGAGAGAAGCAUGGAAAGCAGAACAGGCAUCCAAAUUGAACAAAGUGUGACUUGUGGAGCUGGGAUAGGAGUUCUAAUGAAUUUCUGCUAGCUGCUAUUGAGUUUGAAUGGCCUUGAAAUUACGAUGGGAGGAUUCCACCGCAUGGGUUUGUUUUUGGCUACGUUUUCAAAAGAAAUGCAAGGAAGAAUGCUAAGAACGCCGACAAACGUCUUUGUUCGUGACUUUAUUAUACUGCCAUUUCCCGACUUUACGAGUAGUGCCUGUUUUUGCGCACUUGUCCACAUGGUCCAUAUAUCGCGUAAGCUGUCACCAUGGUAACCCAGCCAAGUGCUUCACGACUCUUUUCUCAUUGUGCUUGCUCUGCCGAUUCAGUGCGCUAUUUAUCUCUCCUAAAUGAUUCCUACUUGUUAUCAUUCUACAUGUAGGGUAGUUGUGCACUGCUGGCAAUCACGUGCGUGUGCACAGGAUCCAGUAAUAACUUCUAGGGCAUGUGGUCGACAUCUAUGAGCAUGAGUAUGAAGCAUGGCAAGGAUUAGGCCUUGACGGAUUAUGCUAAUAUUUUCGUGAAAUUAUGCUUUUCGCAUUGCUGAAAAAAUUGCAGAAUUAUGCUAUUUUUAUGCUAAAAGUUAUCAUAUUGUGCCGCAUUAUGCUCACAUAUGCUGCUAAUGCAUAAUGGUUCUGUGCAAAAUAACAGGGGAAUUUUUUUGUA